GCUCCGAAUUUGGUGAUUCCGAGUUUGAUACAGCUUCUGAGAUUGUUGAUUCCUCCGAAGUUGAUAGCAGUGACAGCGCUUCUUCAUUCUCCGCCACGCGAUCUUCAACAUCAUCCUCGUUUAGUGGGAAAACUCCCUCAGCAACGCUACCCCUGCCAACGUCACAGUGGCUGUCACGGCCUCAACUGUGCGAUGUAGAUGCAUCAAAACGCGGCUUAGUGCUAAAAGAGAAGAGCAGGAACAAUCAGUUGGUUUUGGGCGACGUCGAGGGGGAAGUGAGAUUGGUGAUUCGCGGUAAAGUUAAGGGUUAACCAAUUACAUCCCCCACAACCAUUCCUCACUCUUUUUCCAGUAGGAGAGAGGUGAGGGAAGAGGUUCUGAAGAAUGUAAUGCUGCAACCUUUAAUAAAGAGCAGGGGGGAAAGGAAAAGGAUGCGGAGGGAAAGGAUGCACUGCUUCCGGGUGGAGGAGGAGGUAAAGACGAAGUUAUACUAAAGCAUUUCAUGGGUGAUCAUGAUCGAAAAGCUGCAAGUCCUCCAAUUGCGGUUGCCGAUACCUCCGAUGGCAAUACCAAUACCAAUACCAAUGCUAGUACUGAGAUGAAAGCAUCUAUAUCUUCAGAAGAUGACGCUAUGACUUCUUCAAACGGCAACUCAACAGAUGAUGAUGUUGUGCAAGUAGAAUGGCAGCAUGAGCUGAUGUAUUCGUGUCAGAAGCACACAGCAGUCGCGGUAACGAAAGCGAUACUAACCAGGUCACAUGCCUUCAUCGAGACCCCGGCUGGC